AUGCCAUCCCCUGCCGCCCCAGUCCAGCCGGGCACCGUAUACGAUAUUGAGCGUCCCCCCGCUCCGCCCCUCUCCCCGCUCGCACCGCCCGAUAUGGACGCCAUCCUCGCUCGUCGUCGACCCUUCUACCAUCGUCUCCUCCACUUUAAGCUCCCCGGCCGGGCACAGACGGUGGUGACGUGUGCAUGUAUCGUGCUGAGCGCGGUCCAGGCGAAUGGGGUGUAUGUUUGGCCGACGUAUGGGCCUGUAGUGGCGAAACGGCUGGAUUUGGGGGGUCCGGAGGCGCAGACGAUUGUGGUUGGAGGAAUAUUAGGAGUGUAUUUGUUGGCUGCGCCCUUGGGAUCGGUCACGGAUAGACAUGGACCUAGAAUAGGCUCAUUAGUCUCGGCUGCGCUAUCCGCAGCAGGAUACUUCACCUUCGCGUUUAUCCUCGACAAAGCCACGCCGGAGACGCCCUACGUGCACGUCUGGCUCACCUUCGCGUACUUCUUGGUCGGAGGUGCAACAGUGGGGUCGUACUUUGCGUCACUCACUUGCGCGUCGCUCUCCUUCCCCUCUCACCCCACACUAUCCCUAUCCGUCCCCCUCUCGCUAAUCUCCCUCUCCUCCCUCGUCCUCUCCUCCUUCUCCUCACUUAACGUCUUCCAAUCCUCCUCAGGCGACCUCGACCCCAUCAAGUUCCUCAUCUUCCUCGGCAUCCUCUCUUUAUCCCUCAACCUCCUCUCAGCGCUCUUCCUCCGGAUACUGCCGCAAUCGAUCGCCUUACCGACCCAGUCUGAACAAGACGAGCUGGACGAUGAUGACGAGCAUCGAAGUCCCACGAGCCAUCUCUUGCAUCUGGACGAACAUACGCCGCUCAUUAUUGGCGGGCCGGAGGCGGCGCGAGAGGACGCAGAGGCGAUUGUUCGAGGGAAGGAGAGGUGGACUGUCGGACGGCUCUUGGUGGAUUGGGGAGGAUUCUGGGGGUUCGGAAUCCUGCUUGCGCUAUGUAUCGGACCGAGCGAGACCAUCAUCGCCUCGAUCGGAACAAUCCUCACCUCCCUCCUCCCCCCGACCGAAAUCUCAGCAGCCCACGCCUACCCCCUCACGCUCUUCUCUCUCGCCUCCUCCUCAUCAUCCACUUCAGGCGCCUCCCAAGCUUUACUGCUCCGAAACAAACACGUCCAAAUCCUGUCUCUCACAGGGACCGUCUCCCGCCUGCUCACCGGCCUCGUCGCCGACUGGCUCGCGCCCCCCUUGACGCCCGUCGCCAUGCCGCACGGUCCAGGGCAGAACGACAUGAAUGCCAGUGUGCACAUCUACGUCCAGCGCCGUCCGGUCCGAUUAUUGCGCACGAGCUUCAAUGCGAUGUGCGCGUUAUUGUUGGCGGGGGUGUUUGCGUGGAGUGCGGGAUGGUUAGAAACUGAGCGGGGGCUUUGGGUGUUGAGUGCGGGGACUGGGAUCAUGUACGGGGCGUUGUUCACCCUGACCCCUGCAAUCGUCUCCGCCCACUUUGGUCCGACGAGCUUCGGUCUCGCCUGGGGUCUUAUCUCUUACUUUGCCGCAUUCGGCGCUGUAGCGUUCUCCUAUCUCUACGCCUUCGUCUCCACCCUCGAUCAGAUCCCGGCGUGCUAUGGCACCAAGUGUUUUAGCUUUACACUGUGGAUCGCUGCGGGGUGUUGUGUGAUUUCGGGAUUGGGAAUGUUUGUGGUGGGGAGGAGGUGGAAGGUGUGA